UUAAUUUCGUUGCUCUUAUAUUUCCUUCGAUCUUUCUCCCUCUCUCACAAACAUACUGACAUUUUAGAGAGCCUUGAAGAUAUUAUUUUUUGUUCAUUUCUUCUACUCUAGCUUCUAACUCAGAUGCAACCCUGGAGAAGAAAGUUUCCAUUGUUCGAAACAGGAGUAACAAUGAAACAGAGGAAGAACAGUAAUCUCUCGAUCUUCGUCGUCGUCUUCUCUGUGUUCCUCUUCGGUAUCUUCAUGUACAACGAAGACGUCAAAUCCAUCGCCGAGUUCCCUUUCUCCAGCUCAAAACCUAGCGACGUCCAAGAGAGCCAAGAAGAUGCUAAACCGAUCACAGAGGUCACGGCACUACCAGUUCAAGAACCGAUCAAGAACUCAGACCCAGUUCAUGAUUCCGCGGGAAACGCAGACCCAGUUCAGGACUCGGUCAAAAGCCAAGACCUUGAUCAUGAUUCAGUGAGAGAAGCAAAGCCAUCGAAAACAGAGGAAGAGAAGAAGAUUGAGCUGUUUGCUGCGGCGGAGGAAGAAGAUGACGUGGAAGUACCGCCGGAGGAGUGCGACUUGUUCACCGGAGAAUGGGUUUUCGAUAACGAGACGCAUCCGUUGUAUAAAGAGGAUCAGUGUGAGUUCUUGACGGCGCAAGUGACGUGCAUGAGAAACGGGAGAAAAGAUUCUCUGUAUCAGAACUGGAGAUGGCAGCCCAGAGAUUGUUCUUUACCAAAGUUCAAAGCGAGACUGCUUCUGGAGAAGCUACGAAACAAGAGAAUGAUGUUCGUUGGGGACUCUCUUAACCGGAAUCAAUGGGAAUCUAUGGUUUGCUUGGUUCAAUCAGUGGUUCCUCCCGGUCGAAAGAGCUUGAACAAAACCGGUUCUCUCUCCGUCUUUAGAAUCGAGGACUAUAAUGCAACGGUGGAGUUUUAUUGGGCGCCAUUUUUGGUGGAAUCAAAUUCAGAUGAUCCAAACAUGCACAGUAUACUCAACCGUAUAAUAAUGCCCGAGUCUAUAGAGAAGCAUGGAGUCAACUGGAAAGGCGUUGACUUUCUUGUAUUCAACACUUACAUCUGGUGGAUGAACACAUUCGCCAUGAAAGUCCUACGAGGAUCGUUCGAUAAAGAAGACACUGAGUACGAAGAGAUCCCAAGGCCAGUAGCUUACCAGAGAGUGUUACGGACUUGGGGAGAUUGGGUGGACCGCAAUAUAGAUCCUCUACGUACCACUGUUUUCUUCGCAAGCAUGUCUCCUCUCCACAUCAAGAGCUUGGACUGGGAGAAUCCAGAUGGGAUAAAGUGUGCUUUGGAGACGACACCGAUCCUCAACAUGUCAAUGCUGUUCAGCGUAGGAACAGACUACAGGCUGUUUUCAGUAGCAGAAAACGUCACGCAUUCUCUAGAAGUUCCGGUUUACUUCCUCAACAUUACAAAACUCUCCGAAUACCGGAAAGAUGCCCACACUUCGGUUCACACAAUCCGACAAGGCAAAAUGCUGACGCCGGAGCAACAAGCCGAUCCCAACACUUAUGCAGAUUGUAUCCAUUGGUGUCUUCCCGGUUUGCCUGAUACGUGGAACGAGUUUCUUUACACACGUAUUGUUUCCCGUUCGUGACCUAAAAGAUAACAUAAGAAGUGUUUUGGAAUCUCUCUUUUAAAACCUUUUUUUUCCUCUAUGCUCCAUCGAUCGGGUACCUCGAAAUGUUAUUAUUUUUAUGUCAUAAUGUUCAGUAAGUGUAAUUGUGAAAUGUUUUCUUUUUCUUCUUUAAAUGGUUAUUAGAUGGCCUUUUAACUGUCUUUGUAAGCUUUGAACUUUGGAGUGAGGUGGAAAGCAAAGGAUGCCAAAUGUUUUUGUGUUUUGCUUUUUGGGUCAAUUAAUUGUGUAAAACUUGCCCACAUCCACUAUAAAACAUUCCAUAUGUUGUUCACCGGAGUAUAUAGAAAGGUAAAUCUGUAUUCAUUUCUUGCUUUUUUUUUUGUUGGACAUGAUCAUGCACUCAUUUGGACAAAAUAUAGAGGCCAGUUAUCCCAUUUCACAAUGAUUGAUAAGAGUGUUGAUUCCGAGCCCUAUGCAAGUUUAAACCUUUCACAUAUUUCUUUGACACCACUAUAACUACUGAACAAUGUAUGAUUCAGUUCCUAAGAGUUUUGGUUUCUUCCUAUUUGAUGCUCAUCAUUGUCUUUGUUGAAUCUCUAAAAAUUUCUUUUUUCUUUUUUUCUGUCUAAAAAAGAUGGUUACACCUCUUUACCGUGAACCCAAUCAAUGUAAAUAGUACAUUCAAACUAGAAUUGAACCCGAAUAAUGGAAUGCCUACUAGACAUUCCUUUACCAAUAGAGCAACAACUUGUUGGUAUUUUCUUCUUCUCCGCAAUGUAAAUUUGAGUAAAUGGUUGAAAAAUACUAAACCUAUACCAUUUCUCCCAAAAUUCUGCAAAGGACAAUCAUCAAUACUCCCUCCUAACACAUCUAUGGAGGCAGAAGCAAUUGCCUUGUUGAUGGUAGUACAGCCAAGGAAUCGUUUAUCAUAUAGUCAAGUCACUUUUAUUGGAGACUGUAAGCAGUUGUUUGACUUCUUAAAUCUUCAUCGAAUAGCUGAAGAUCAAAUAGAAGAGUAAAUGAGGCAAUCACAAUACUGGAUGACACUGUGAAAAUAAGCAAGCCUCAAAGCCACUACUACUCUUUUCAGUAUGUUCAAAGGUCUUUUGUUGCCUAUGUUGGUAAGACUUGCAAAGGAAGCAAGAGUAAGGAAUGAUAAUUAUGUAACCUCAUGGCGAAAUGCUCUGUAAUGAUCCUUAUACUCUGUUUUCGUAAGUUUUAAUGAAAAAAAGGGUUGACAACAAAAAAAAAACUUGUUGUGUUGUGACCAAACCACAUCUCUUAUUAUAUAAAGUAAGGUUUGCUCUCUCGUUAGAGAGACACCUAGGAUGCAAUGUCACAAAGUCUAAGCAUGUAUGCACGACACAUGUCUACUUCUUACCGAGUUUUUUUUUUUGUUUCGUUUGUUUUGUUUCUAUAUGGGCCUUCUCCUUUGCAAGUUUGGGCUUGCUCUUCGGUACUGAGUUUUGUGAAAGACAAUUACCCAUCCUGAGUAGAAGAGAACAUCUUCUUCACGACUAAUGGCUUUCGAUAUCUAGGGUUUCUUCAUCGUCUUCUUCGAUCUCUAACCUCAACCGACAAUGGAGUUUCAGAAGGUUGCGCGAGAUAAAUCUUCAGGAAUCUAUGGGUCAAGCUCUGUUCGUGUUGUUUCGUCUGCGAUUCAUCUCCUCUCAAACGUUACAGGAUACAUUGAUCCAUAACUCCUUCGCCACACACCAAGCAUGAUACCUCAUUAGUGCUUCUAUCUCUCUUAGAGGCGGUGAUUUCCACCUAUAAAAAGAUUCUGUUGAUGAAAUGUGGAGGCAUAUAAUUUGAUGCCUCAUAUAGUAAAACUCCAUCCAGAGCAGAAUGGUUAACGAGUGAAUCUGGCCCGGUUACUUGGGACUGGAUCUCUGCUUCAGUAAUGAUAUUUUGAAUCAUAAUUCAUGAAUGUGAACAAGAUACAUACAUGAACAAUGAAUGGUCAGUCAUGGUUGGGAACAUGUGCUCGAAGCUGUCUAGAUUCCAAUCUGAAAGUGCAGCAAGUGUGAAGUGAGUACACUCUGUCCUUUUUCCCCUUACACAUUUUUGUAAGAUCAGUAGCAAUGAAGUUUUAUUGUUGUUGGUAUUUAAUAAAUUUAUUUUUGUUGAUGAAUAUAUAUGUGAAAUAUGUUCUUAAAGUUUUUCCAGAAUCCAAAUUAGAUUUGUCCUGUUUGUCAUGGGAUCUGUAAUUGUGCCGGAAUCAUAAAGGUUGGUUCUAACUGUCCGUGUAUUUCAGAAAAGGUGUGUUACGAUCCUUUUAUCUUCCAUAUUGCCAUAUUAACUUGGUUAGUCAAAAAAAACAAUCAAAUAUUUUUGGACAGACUUGAAUCUUGCCUGAGAACAAAGUUUUUUUCUCACUUAUAUUCUUAUGUUUUCUGCAGCUACCUGCAAACAGUCUGAUCAUACUUGGGAAAAAGACUUAUGUGCUAAGUUUGGUUCAGUUUCAUUGUCCAAAGUUGUAGAAGAGGAGCGGUAUAUGCUCCAAUACGUUAGAGUGGCCCAGUAGGACGAUUCAGUGUGAGAAAAUGCAAUCAAGAACGCUAAAUCGCUGUAUUGGGCAGAGAUAAAUAGAGCUUCAUGUGACUUACAUUUUCAUGAUCCUGAUGUCUACGUUGAUGAUGUUAAAUGGGAUGCUGAAGUUGACACUGGAGAAUUCAUACGAUUAGGACCAGUAUUGUCAUGGAUGGAGUAGUUUCAAAACAGGAACUUGGGUAGCAAGGAAAAAAACAACAAUUUCAAAACAGAAACCUGGCUUCAAGAGAAGAAUAAUGACAACAGCUGCUACAACUACUAAGAGGUUGGGAAUUGGAACAGUAAGGAUCAACAAUGAAGAGAAAUUGGAGAAAGCGAGGAGUUGUGCAAUGUGGAGGAGAUCAGGUGGAGGACUGUCGAUUUGGAAAUGGAGAGGGAGAAGCAAAUGUGGGUUUCAGCAAUUUGAAUGGUUGAGUGAUUGAGUCUCUCUUGAUAAUAUUUUUUUUCAAAAUGAAAGAGUAACAUUGUUUUCCGUUAGUAACCAUAUAGUGGAAGUGUAGAAGCUUAUAGUCAUAUUGAUUUUAUGUUUGUCGUGCCACAUAUGAAUGACAGUUAUGUAAUGAAAACCAAGAUCGAAGUGAUGCUUCAUUAUGUAGGUAAGGUAGAGUUACUCUCAGGCUUUGUACUUUGUUUAGAAUGAAAAUCAUUUUCGCCA